GCGUUCUCUGCGUUUUUUACUCAAAGUUACUGUCUUUGUCUUCCACAAUUUUUUGCACUUUAUUUUCCUUGCAUUGGUCAUUUUUCGGAGGGCUGUAAUUUCUACGGACCUAAAGUCGAAUGAUGAUGGUGGUGGAGGUGAUGAUAAUGGUGAAUUGUGAAGAAAUGAUUCAGUGACUUCAGUCUUUUUCCACUUGCAAAGUCAUAAGUUCCAUUGCACGAUGAUGUAUUCUCCUCUCUGUCUUACUCAGGAUGAGUUCCAUCCGUUCAUCGAGGCCCUGCUCCCGCACGUGCGGGCCUUUGCCUACACCUGGUUCAACCUGCAGGCGCGCAAGCGCAAGUACUUCAAGAAGCACGAGAAGAGGAUGACGAAGGACGAGGAGCGCGCGGUGAAGGACGAGCUGCUGGGGGAGAAGCCGGAGGUCAAGCAGAAGUGGGCAUCGCGGCUCCUGGCCAAGCUGCGCAAGGACAUCCGGCCUGAGUGCCGCGAGGACUUUGUGCUCUCCAUCACCGGGAAAAAGCCGCCGUGCUGCGUGCUGUCCAAUCCCGACCAGAAGGGCAAGAUGCGGAGGAUCGACUGCCUCCGGCAGGCCGACAAGGUGUGGCGCCUGGACUUGGUGAUGGUCAUCCUCUUCAAGGGCAUCCCUCUGGAGAGCACGGACGGAGAGCGCCUGGUCAAGGGCGGGCAGUGCACCAACCCCAUCCUCUGCGUCCAGCCACACCACAUCAGUGUCUCUGUCAAGGAGCUGGACCUCUACCUGGCCUACUUUGUACAGGAGAGAGAGGCAGAACAGAGCAGUAGCCCUCGCACAGGUAUUGGCUCUGAUCAGGAAGACAGCAGAGCUGCAACCAUGGAUUCCCCUGAGUUUCAGGAAAGCUUUGUGACAUCAGGAGUUUUUAAUGUAACAGAACUUGUGCAAGUUUCCAGAACUCCAGUGGUGACAGGCACAGGCCCCAACUUCUCCCUGGGGGAGCUGCAGGGACACCUGGCCUAUGACCUCAACCCCUCAGGGGUGGGCAUGAGGCGGACCCUGCCCAGCACCUCCUCCAGCGGGAGUAAGAGGCACAAGUCAGGCUCCAUGGAAGAUGACAUUGACACCAGCCCCGGCGGCGAGUAUUAUACCUCGCCCAACUCCCCUGCCAGCAGUUCCCGCAACUGGCAGGAGGAGAUGGAAGGGGGGAUCUCCCCCACAGUGAAGAAGACGGAGAUGGACAGCCCAUCUCCUCAGGACAGCUCCCCGCGCCUCAGCAGCUUCACGCAGCACCACCGGCCCGUCAUCGCCGUGCACAGCGGUAUCUCCAGGAGCCCACACCCCUCCUCAUCUUUGCACUUCCCCCCAACCUCCAUCCUGCCCCAGUCUGCCUCAACCUACUUUCCGCACACAGCCAUCCGCUACCCGCCGCACCUCAGCUCCCAGGACCCGCUGAAGGACCUGGUCUCCCUGGCAUGUGACCCCUCGAGCCAGCAGCCCGGCCCGCUGAACGGCAGUGGUCAAGUGAAGGUGCCCAGCCACUACAUCUCUUCCCAGAUGCUGGCUCCCCCACCACCCCCUGGCAUGCCCCGCCUGACGCUGCCACCCGACUCCAAAUCCAGCACCACCACCACAGAUGGAGGAGCCAAUUCUCCUACGUCACCCACAUACUCGGCCCCUGGGACGCCCCCUGCCAACCGGUCCUUUGUAGGUAUCGGACCUAGGGACCCUGGAGGACUCUAUCAGGCACAGUCCUGGUAUCUGGGGAACUGAACGAGCCUGAGGGGCAUGGACAUACGGAUUUGAAAUUCUAAUUUUUUUUUGUGGAAUUAAGAAAAAAAUGAACAAGAUGCA